GCCCAGGUCACGGGCUACCCGCGCUGGGUCCUGGGGUCCUUGGGGCCCGCGAGGCCCGGUCUGAGAGGCCGGGGCCUGCGUGGGCCCGCCGCCGGGCCCCAUGAGGCACAGCCUGACCAAACUGCUGGCGGCCUCGGGCAGCGACUCCCCGACACGGAGCGAGAGCCCGGCGCAGGCCGCCACCUGCUCGCUGCCCCCGGACUUGACCCGGGCGGCAGCGGCGGCAGAGGAGGAAGAGACGGCGGUAGCCAGAUCUCCGGGCCGUGAGCAGCUGCGCGGCGACGAGGGCGAGCUGGAGGCCGGUCGGGGGGGCCGCGGCGGCGCGGUCGUGCGCGCGCCCUCGCCGGAGGAAAUGGAGGAGGAGGCGAUCGCCAGCGUCCCCGGGGAAGAGACGGAGGACAUGGACUUUCUGUCCGGGCUGGAACUGGCGGAUCUGCUGGACCCCCGGCAACCGGACUGGCACCUGGAACCCGGGCUCAGCUCGCCCGGGCCUCUCUCCUCGUCUGGCGGAGGGUCGGAUAGCGGCGGCCUCUGCAGAGGGGACGACGACGACGAGUCCGCGGCCGCCGAGAUGCAGCGCUUUUCUGACCUGCUGCAGAGGCUGUUAAACGGUAUCGGAGGCGGCAGCAGCGGCAGUGACAGUGGUAGCGGCGAAAAGAGGCGGAGAAAGUCCCCGGGAGGCGGCGGCGGCGGCGGCGGCAGCGGCAACGACAACAACCAGGCGGCGACCAAGAGUCCCCGGAAGGCGGCGGCGGCUGCUGCCCGUCUUAAUCGGCUGAAGAAGAAGGAGUACGUGAUGGGGCUGGAGAGUCGCGUCCGGGGCCUGGCAUCCGAGAACCAGGAGCUGCGGGCCGAGAAUCGGGAGCUGGGCAAGCGCGUGCAAGCACUGCAGGAGGAGAGUCGCUACCUACGCGCCGUCUUAGCCAACGAGACCGGACUGGCUCGCUUGCUGAGCCGGCUGAGCGGCGUGGGACUGCGGCUGACCACCUCGCUCUUCAGAGACUCGCCCGCCGGGGACCACGACUACGCGCUGCCGGUGGGAAAGCAGCAGCAGCAGGACCUGCUGGAAGAGGACGACUCGGCGGGAGGAGUGUGUCUUCAUGUGGACAAGGAUAAGGUGUCGGUGGAGUUCUGCUCGGCGUGCGCCCGGAAGGCGUCGUCUUCUCUUAAAAUUUUCUUUUUUAGGUGAUUUCCUUCCUGCCAGGCUCCGUUGUAGGGGUUACAGAGCAGUCGUUCCCGCCUCACAACCUGACUUGCGUGUACCUAGCUCUUCUGUCCCCAGUGUGGACAUGGCCUUGGAUGACAUCGAUUCCAACUGUACACUGAAAGCUGCUAAUAGAAAUACAGUUUGGAGACAGUGAAACAGGUGAAGUUGAAUGGAAGUUCCGAGUUGUACAAGGUGCAAAUUGGAAUUCCAGUGUUAGAGCAACUUUUCAGAGGUUGACAAAUAAGUGUUUGGGGCAUGCACACGUGUGAUAGUUAUUUUGCUGGAGAUGACAGAAAUCUCUUAAAUAUUCAAGAAUGCCUUUUAGUUUUCAGUAGAAGAUGUAGAAGUACAAUAUUCAGAUUAACAGAUAUCUCACCAUUAGGAAAAAUUUGGAAAUUAACAUGCAUAUCAGACUCCUGUGUUAGUUAAUAAGAGGAGGAAUAAGAAUGGUUACAUGAAAUGUUUCUUUGAGAACCAGCACAGUGAUUAACCCUAUCACUGAGUAUGAAUAAAUUGUUGAACACCUUUAUUUUUGCUGUAUUAAAAUUUUAGGUUAAAUUUAUGUAAGAUUUUGAAGGUUGUGAAAUAUGAAUGAAAACAUGUAAAGUGAGGCUUCACAAAGAAUCUUCUUUCAAAGAUAUUUGUCCUAUUUAAAAUUAUUUAAAAAUAAUUUUUAAAAUUGAGUGGUUCUGGCUACUUAAUGACACGAUUGACACUUUUCCCAAAGAUGGGACAUAUUCUUUUGCAGUAUUCUGUUAUCCAUUGUCUAAUUGUAUAGCGUCAUGGUGUCCUUCAGUGUAAGAGGCAAUAAAUUCUUUGUGAAACAUCACUGUCUGAUAAAGUAUAUACGUAUUUAGCAUCCUUGUUUUUCUUUGUGCUAAAGUGGAUACAGCUGUUGGGGCAGAAGAGACGGGACCAGCUGCUGGCCACAUUUCCUGCUUUAUUUUAAAAGGUAGUAUAAGAAAUGAGGAAAAAGAGGUAAUAUCAGGGCUUCUGCUGUCUUUUAUUUUAAAAUGUUCAUAAUUAAAAAGUAUUUUCCAGCAGUCCAAAGAUGUAAGUUAUCUUACACACGAAAUGUUUUAUUUUGUUGUUAUUUGAUUAUGAAAAUGGAAUCCUUGUUCUUGCACAACUGUAAAUGUUUUGUUGCUAGAUAAUACGAUUUGAGACCUAACUUGGUCUCUGGUUUCCAGUGCAUCACAGCAUAUUUUGUAAAAUCUUCUAUUGCACUUGAGCAUGAAUGGGUAGUAGCCAAACUCACAACCUGGAGUGAUGAACCUGCUUAUACCUAAGUGCAGGAGCAAGCCCCUCACAAUGCAGCUGCAUGGAUUUUUAGUGCCUACUGAAUUAAAUAUAUAAACCAAAAGUAGUUGGAAAAAUUAUUUGAAAUGACUAAUUUGUGCUAUCUUUAUGGAAUAUGUUAAAUGUAGCUUUUUGAAAAGAAGCCUUGAAUUGAAAUUUAAUUAAUACUUGAACAUUUUGUAUAUAUUUCUUUGUAUAUAAUUUUGUGCAGUACCAAUGACAAAAAUAUGGUGUCAUAAUAAAACCAGGUUUGUUGAUCUUUCAGUUAUGGGCUCAAAGAAUUUAUUCAUCUCUAUCAUGACUUUGGAAAAUAAUGGAUGAAAAUAGGAAAAAUGAUAGUUGUUAAUGCUGACUGUGGGUCUUAAAAGGUUCUGGAAGCAGUAAGUGCGUUUUUCUAAAAAUUAUACCACUCCUUGGCAUAUUUUCUUCCUAACGGCAGUGCUUUUCCUGCAUUAUUUGAAGUUUGGGGCUGGGGAGAAACAGUAGUCAAAGCUUUCUGAUUUGGGAUGCUUUGAAAUUCCAAGCGUAGAUUUUUAGAAUGUCAUUUUAUAAAUGGCAGUUUUUGGAAAUACUUGAUUAAGAACUUUUGAAAAUGGAGAUUAGUAUCACCUAUUUUUAAAGCUGCUUUGUUAGGUUCCUUAUGUUUUAACUGUCUUUUCUUAGUUUCCAUUUCAUUUUCUUUUUUUCCCAAUUUUGGUGACUCCGUGAUUUUGUCAUUUUUUACAUCAACUUCAUGGUCUUGUUUUUACAUGGUAUUGCAUGUAUUUAGGACCUAUCUAACAGGGGCUUUAAAUAAAUUUGGUCACAUUUAUGUGUAAGCACAUUUUACUGUAAAUGUUUUGAGUUUCUGAAUUUACAAUAGAUCUGUUUAUUUCAGUAUGUAGUAAAAUAUCUUAAAAGUGUCCUAUUCACUACUUGUUAAUUAAAAAAGUUAUGAUUAAUAUGAAA